AUAAAGCCAGCAAACAAGGACAGAGCUAGUUUGCAGUUUUGCACACGCACCGAUGGCUCAGUCGCCACCGGGCUUCCCCGGCUUUUCUAUUCCUCCGCCGACGUGGCCAUACCGUCCUUCCCUGCCGCCGCCGCCGCCGCCACCAUACAUAUACAGGUACAAGCCGCCAUCAAGCGAUUCGUCUCAAGGCAGGACCGUUGCCGGCAUCUUCGGCGGCCUCGUCGCCUGCUUGCUCGUAGGCAUUGCCCUGUGCAGCCUCUGCAGGAGGCACCGCAACAGCCGCGCCCGUUCUGCGGCGGCUCCGCCGCAGAACCUGACGGGGAGGGAGAGUAGCAGCGUGCGCGUCGACGUGCGGCAGCUUCACCAGGCCAGCGCCGCCAGCCCGACGGCCGGCCUCCCGGCGUUCACGUACAGCCUGUCGGUGAAGCACAACGUGACGGGCGGAGGGGAGGAGGCGGCGACGUGCUCGGUUUGCCUCGGCGCGCUGCAGCUCGGAGACACGGUGCGGCUGCUGCCGGCGUGCCUGCACCUGUACCACGCGGAUUGCAUUGACCCGUGGCUGGACGCGCACUCGACGUGCCCGGUCUGCCGCUCGGACACCGAUCCCACCGCUGUCUAGCUAGAUGUACACUUUGACCGGUGUUGAUUUGUUGGAUUUAUUUUGCUUGCUGUAUAUAUUCAAAAAUACGUCUACUCAAUAACUCAAAUUAUGUAGGCAACAUAA